AUGCUGCAGCGCGUUGGUUGGGUGCUGCUGCGCCCCUUCGUCAGUCUUCUGGGUUGCGGCAACACGCCGGUCAUUCAGCUGCUGCAGCACAUUGAGGCCGGCUAUGACCCCGACAUCCCGUAUCACACGGCUACGCACGCGGCGCAGGUGGCUCACGCGGCGAUGGUGUUGAACACCAAGCUGGAUCUAGACCCAGGAAAGUGA